AUGGUCCAAGCGGAGUCCCGUGAAAUCUCAGGAAAUGAAACAUCAUACACAAGGAUGCUCAAGGAAGAGGCAGAGAUGAAUUGGAUCUAUAACCUCCUCGCCAGCGGAGGAAACUGGGUGCUGCUUGCCGGGUAUUUAGUCAUUCCGGGCACAUUCACCUCGUUGAAGGGCUCAAGUAGCGUGGAAGAGACACUGGAGAAGAACAGCGCAGGGCGGGCAAUUCUUAGCACUAUACAAAACCCUCCACUCCUUGUAUUUGCCUGCAUAUUCCUAGUUGCCGGUGCAACUUUGCUAGCGUGGCUAUUCACAAGGUAUAAAGCCAACUACUCUUGGUUGAUCAAUAAACUUUUCAUGCCAGCAUCCUUGAAUGCAGCAGCUGGUUUGCUCACCACGAUUGUCAACGUUUGCGCUUCACAGGGUGGAGACUGGUCCGUCAUGGCUCUGGUGACAACCAUUGUCACAGGAGUCACCCUGGCUAUAUGCCUGGGGUUUUCCAUCUUUAACAAGUUUUACAAAUUGCGAAAAGUGAUCCAAAGUGACGCAUGCCGCUCGAGCUAUUUUGAAAUAUCCAGGAAUCUUAUCUUCCUUGCAGGAUGGUGA